AUGUGUUUCGCCCGCAACGGCGCGGAUACCCCUUCCGAGGACCUGCAGUCACACACCGCCGGGCACGUCCCGCUGAACCCCGUGGAGAGCGGCACCUUUCAGACGAUCUACGACGACACCAACGGUGCGCAUGAGCAAGAGACCCGUGACGGCAGUGCCGGAAGCUGGCUGCAGCGCAAGAUAGACAAGGCCAAGGGCAUCCCCCAGUCGCUUCCCAUGUACAAGAGCUACAUCGAGCAUGAGAUAAUCUCUAAAGACCCGAACGUUGUUCGCGGCCGCUCGUCGCGCCCGAGGCUCAACCGGCGCACGCGCCGUCUGUUGACGGUGCUGUUCUGCAUCUUCGUGGCCGUGUGCGCCAUCUACGGGUCCAACAGGCUGAUUAACUGGGUUGAGGACCGUCGCCACUCGCGCAGCGACGACGCGACGAUGCGCGAGGUGGAGGUGCUGCGGCUGAAGCAGACGAUGGAGGCCAUGCGCAUCGAGAUGAACAAGCUGAAGGAGGCUGCCUACGCGAACUCCGUGGCGAUCAACGGCAUCACCAACGGCGUCUUCCGCCUCCCCGGCAGCGACGACGCCGCGGCGAAGAAGAUGAAAUUCGGCAAGGGCAACUCGCCCAUCAUCCAGGGCCCCGCCGCGCAGAACUUCGACACGCGCCACUUCGCGAACGCGAUGGGCGUGCAGGGCAGCGAGGCGGCCCCCGAGGUCGACCUGAACCCUAUAAAGCACGAGGCGGACAUCCGCUGA